UUGGAAAGGGUAUGCCUUCGACCUCAAAAACUGAUAUAUGAAUUCCGUUCAGACAUCAACCACAUUCGACAGUGUCCCGCAAAGUAUGGCGAUGCCAAUGUACAACAGCACAUAUAACCACUUCAGCGACGACACCACGCCGUACACCUUCCACUCCAUCACACCACCUUCACAUUCAGGCUCGGACGAGAGCCCGUACUGCAGUCCGCGGCAGCACGCCGCAGAUAUCGUCGGCGCAUUCGCACCGCUCCCACCACCUCUACCUCAGGAGAAGCAGCACACCACAAGCGGGGUAAGUCUUCCACCCUUCUCACCAGCCCCCCCUGUCUCCCAGUUCCAAAACUACAUGCUCGAAUACGAAAGAGAGACCCCUGAAAAAGCUCUUUCUUCACCUGCGUGAUCACACCCUCACAUACAUACAAACAUACACAAAUAUACACAUCCUGACUCACCACUGGCAGCGCCGACGAGCCCAAAACCGCGCAGCACAACGCGCCUUCCGCGAGCGCAAGGAGCGCCACGCAAAGGACCUCGAGACGCAACUCACC